GGACAGGCAGGGACCUUGGCUUGGCCCCAAGGGUGCUUCUGGCUAUGAGCGAUCGCCUCGAUGACGAGAUCCGAGACCUUUGCCACGACAUCAAGCGCAGCGACCUCUAUCAUAACCGUCCCAAGGUUACAACUGCAGGCUCGGCCCUUCCAGCUGCUCUCAGUGGGGCAAGGAUGCGGCAGUGGAUUUCGGAGCGCUCCCUUGCAGCGAAAUCCAGGGCGCUCAAGGAACGAAGAGCGCAUUAUCUCCAGGAUAAGAAUAUGGAGAAGAUGCGGAACGUCCGCACUACGUUACCAGUCUACACCCGAAGCUCGGAGCUACUGAAACAGAUUCAUGACAACGAGGUCACAAUCUGCUUAGCCGCCACCGGUUCCGGAAAGACUACGCAGAUCCCGCAGCUCAUUCUGGAUGAUAUGAUCGACAAGGGCGAGGGUGCGAAGUGCAACAUCGUUUGCACGCAACCUCGGCGUCUUGCCGCUAUCGGCGUCGCAGAUCGCGUUGCGAAAGAAAGAGGAGAAACUCUGGGAAGGACUGUCGGUUAUCAAGUUCGAUUCGAGCAUAAGUUGCCAGAAGAACAUGGGUCAAUUACCUUCUGCACUACCGGAAUAUUCCUGAAGCGCAUGCAGUCGGCUUUGUUUCAACCUGGGACCACCCUCGAUGAUGUCACUCAUAUCCUUGUCGACGAAGUGCACGAACGGGACGUCGACACGGACUUGCUGCUUGUAGUCCUGAAGCGCUUAAUCGCGGAUCGGAAGGAUAGGGGCAAACCGAUAAAGGUUGUGCUCAUGAGCGCCACCAUUGACCCCACGCUGUUCCAACAGUACUUCGCGGACGAGGAUGGCAAACCAGCCAGCGUCAUCGAAGUGCCCGGACGAUCCUUCCCGGUGACGAAGUACUUCAUGGACGAUUUCGUGCCUACCUUGGCACAGAAACAAAGCACUCGAUGGGUAUUCAGACAGGAUUCGGUCAUCAACUACCUGGCGAGCGAACUCGGCCCUGAACAAUUACGUGCAAUGGGAGUCCCGUCGCCGGUUGACGAUCGCAUAGCCCAACAAGAACAGCUAGAACUUCCUGUGCCACUCAUCGCCCUCACGAUCUCUCAUGUCCUGCAACAAACAGACGAUGGCCACGUUCUUGUCUUCUUGCCCGGAUGGGAGGAUAUUCAAGCGGUUCAGCGGUGUUUACUUGAUUCGUCGAAUCAGCUCGGAAUGCGGUUCUCCGACUCCUCCAAGUAUAAUAUCCACGUACUGCACUCGACGGUGCCCCUCUCUGAACAGCAGGUCAUUUUUGAGCCGCCACCAGCAGGCAUCCGCCGCAUCAUCCUAUCCACGAACAUUGCCGAGACGUCCAUCACAAUCCCGGACGUUGUUUACGUCGUAGACACGGGAAAGAUCAAGGAGCAGCGAUAUGAUCCGGAGCGUCACAUGUCCUCCCUGGUUUCCGCCUGGGUUGGUUCGUCCAACCUGAACCAGCGAGCGGGUCGAGCAGGUCGUCAUCGCUCAGGAGAGUAUUUCGGUAUACUCGGACAGAAGCGUGCCGCCGCUUUGAGCCCUUAUCAAACGGUGGAGAUGAAGCGAGUUGAUCUCAGUAACGUGGUCAUGCAUAUCAAAGCACUGGACUUCCCCAACAUGGCAGUGGACGAAGUGCUCGCCGCCACGAUUGAGCCACCAGCCGCUGCUCGAGUCGACGCUGCCAUGGAAGACCUUCAGCGCGUAGGAGCGCUGGACGCCGAGGAGAACCUUACCGCCCUCGGACGGGUCUUGCUCCAAUUGCCUGUCGAUGCUCAGAUGGGCAGAUUGGUGCUUUACGGAUGUUUCUUCCGCUGCUUAGAUCAAGCCCUUACACUCGCCGCGUUGCUGAGCAAUCGCGACCCAUUUGUGUCUCCGAUGCAUCUCAAACAGGAAGCUGCAGCGAAGAAACUCUCGUGGUCGCCGACUGAGUUCCGUUCCGAUGCCUUGGCAGCCCUGAGGGCUUAUAACGCAUGGUGGAACAUGCAUGGGAAAGGCGAAUACAGCGCCGCGAAUCGAUUCUGCUCCGACAAUUUCCUCUCGAAGCCUACAUUACUCAUGGUGCAGAAAAUCAAGAACCAACUCCUCCAGUCUCUCUACCACGUCGGAGUGAUUGGUGUCUCCGCUGGUGGAGAUGUCGCGCCCCCAAGAGGCAGGGACAACGUGGUGCCGGAGGAGCUUAACACCAAUGGUGGCUCCUUACCUCUGUUGGCCGGUCUGAUUGCCAUAGCAGCACAACCGAACUUCGCCGUAAGGACAGGCGAGAAAUCGUUGCGGACUCAACAGGACAAGAUGGUAUUCAUCCAUCCUUCCAGUGUCAACAAUCGCAAACAUGAAGUUAGCGCUGGAACUGAUGCACCUGUGGAGAAACAGCUCUACGCAUUUGCAGAAAAACGUCAAAACGUUUCCUCCGUGACCAGUGGUCCCGCUCAGAAGUACCUCGUGACCACCACGCGUUUGGAUCCGAUGACCUACGUGCUGUUCGGAGCCCAUAAAAUUGUGGUGGCCGAAAGGGGAUUAGAAUGCGACGAAUGGUUGCCCAUUGUCGGAAACGUCGAUGCACUCGACGAUAUCCAACGCCUGAAAUAUCUCAUGGAGGAAUGCUUCCUGCGCGUUUUUGCAGGGAUCACCUCCGGGAGACGGCAUCAACACACACGUGCGGUACCGAUACCUCCUCCUCCCCGGGAUGCCGAAGAAGAGGAAGAGUCUGGAAGCGAAGAUGACGAGUCGAAAGACUACUCCUUGACCAAGGUCGAGAUUGCUGAAUUCGAUCAGUUCACUCGCGACAUCGUGCGCGUGCUGAACAGAUACAACGAAGAGCGAAUACAGACGCAAUCGCGUCAGAACUCUCGUCCAGGUACACCUAUGGGGUCACCGCUCUCGUCGCCUUCUCUCGGAGGACUUUCCCGCCUCCCGUCGUUCGCCGGCAGUCGUUCUGCCUUCAACUCGAGGCCUGGCACUCCCAGUCCUUUAGCACGGCGCCCUUAGCUGCGACACUCGGAAGGCAAACAGUCCAUCGACGUUGCAUUCAGUAGAGUUAAAGAACUCUAAAUAGUAAAUACUUACCAGACAUCAGUAAUGCGUUUCGUCUUGAACCCCC